GAAAGAACACUUUAAAUAAAGGGCCCACACUGGCUGCCCAGGAGCCCAUCCUCCACCUCCUCCGUGUCUGUCUGUGAGAAGGAGUCGCGGCCGGCCCGCAGCCCGAGGGACACGAUGGAGCCCGAGCAGUACAGGCAGAGAGGAAAAGAGAUGGUGGAUUACAUCUGCCAGUACCUGAGCACCGUGCGGGAGCGGCGGGUGACUCCAGACGUGCGUCCUGGUUACUUGCGAGCCCAGCUGCCUGACAGUGCUCCCGAGGAACCUGACAGCUGGGACAGCAUCUUUGGGGAUAUUGAGCGAAUCAUCAUGCCUGGGGUGGUACACUGGCAGAGCCCCCACAUGCACGCCUACUACCCGGCUCUCACCUCGUGGCCAUCACUGCUGGGAGAUAUGCUGGCCGAUGCCAUCAACUGCUUGGGAUUCACCUGGGCUUCCAGCCCUGCAUGCACGGAGCUGGAGAUGAAUGUCAUGGACUGGCUGGCAAAAAUGCUGGGACUCCCAGAGCACUUCCUGCAUCACCAACCUGGCAGCCAGGGAGGCGGCGUCUUGCAGAGCACAGUCAGUGAGUCCACCUUGAUUGCCUUGCUGGCAGCAAGGAAGAACAAAAUCCUAGAAAUGAAAGCUUCUGAACCUGGGGCAGACGAGUCCUCCCUAAACGCCCGGCUCAUUGCCUAUGCCUCUGACCAGGCUCACUCAUCAGUAGAAAAAGCUGGUUUGAUUUCUCUUGUGAAGAUGAAAUUUCUGCCUGUGGAUGACAACUUCUCACUCCGAGGGGAAGCUCUUCAGAAAGCCAUCAAAGAGGACAAGGAGAGGGGCUUGGUGCCUGUCUUUGUGUGUGCAACGCUGGGGACCACAGGGGUCUGUGCAUUUGACUGCCUGUCAGAGCUGGGCCCCAUCUGUGCCAGUGAGGGGCUGUGGCUCCACAUCGAUGCUGCCUACGCAGGCACUGCCUUCCUGUGCCCCGAGUUCCGGGGGUUUCUGAAGGGCAUCGAGUAUGCCGAUUCCUUCACCUUUAAUCCUUCCAAGUGGAUGAUGGUGCACUUUGACUGUACUGGGUUCUGGGUCAAGGACAAGUACAAGCUGCAGGAGACCUUCAGCGUGAACCCCAUCUACCUCAGGCAUGCCAACUCGGGCAUGGCCACUGACUUCAUGCACUGGCAGAUCCCCCUGAGCCGGCGGUUUCGUUCUAUUAAACUCUGGUUCGUGAUUCGGUCCUUUGGGGUGAAGAAUCUUCAAGCACACGUCAGACAUGGAACUGAAAUGGCAAAAUAUUUUGAAUCUCUGGUCAGAAAUGACCCUUUCUUUGAAAUUCCUGCCAAGAGGCACCUUGGCCUGGUGGUUUUUCGUCUAAAGGGUCCUAAUUGUCUCACAGAAAGUGUAUUAAAGGAAUUAGCUAGAGAUGGUCGUCUCUUCCUCAUUCCGGCCACUAUCCAGGACAAACUGAUUAUUCGUUUCACUGUGACAUCCCAGUUCACCACCAGAGAUGACAUCCUGAGAGACUGGAAUCUCAUUCGAGAUGCUGCCACUCUUAUCAUGAGUCAGCACUGUACUUCCCAACCUAGCCCUCAGGUUGGGAACCUCAUCUCCCAAACCAUGGGACCCAGAGCCUUGGCCAAUGGGAUGUCCCUUCAGUCUGUCAAUGGGGCCGGAUAUGACCCAGCCCAGGCCAGGAAGAUCAUCAAGCAGCCUCAACAUGUGGAAGCCAGUCCUGUGAGAAAGGAAGACAGCUGCCAUCUUGAAACCCUGCUGGACCCACUUGACGACGACUGCUUUUCAGAAGAGGCCCCGGAUGUCACCAAGCACAAGCUGUCCUCCUUCCUGUUCAAUUAUUUGUCCAUGCAAAAUAAGAAGAAGGCAGUGCGUUCCUUCAGUUGCAACAGCAUGCCUAUGAGUGCUCAGAAGUCACUGCCCACAGAUGGCUCUGUGAAGGGCUCUUCUAGGGCCAGAAUCUUCUCUAGGUUUCCAGAAGAAAUGAUGAUGCUAAAGAAAAGUGCCUUCAAAAAACUAAUCAAGUUUUACAGUGUCCCCAGCUUUCCCGAAUGCAGCUCUCAGUGUGGGCUCCAGUUGCCCUGUUGCCCUCUGCAGGCAAUGGUUUAGAUCAGGUUUUUUGGCCAGAACCCAAGAAUGUGUUUCAGGGAGUCCCUGAACUCCUCAAAAUUGUGUGCUGAAUUUGUGUGCUUAUUAUGUGUAUGUGCAUUCUUCUUAAGAGAGCCUAUAAUUUUAUCAGAUUCUCACAGAGUUUCAUGACCCACAACAGGAUACAAAUGGGGAGUUUAAGCCAGCGUGGUACAGAAUGUUCUAGCAGUCUGGUCAGAGAGAAAGGACCCAAGGUAGUGUACUGACAGGCAGCUUCUGUGGUUCAGCUUGUGAUAUGAAAUAUAACAUAGAAAUAAAUUGUACUUGUCUUUAAAAAAAAUAUCCUGUGUGACUUAAUUGACCAUUGAAACAUUGAUUAAUUAAUAAGAGAUUAUCCUGGAGCCUAAAUGCAUGUACUUAUGGAUUCUACUUUGCAGGAAGCUAAAGAUUUGGAUUUAACUGUGAAAAAAUGACUUUGGAGGAGCCCUUGGUAUGAAGAAGGCAGGCAGUUUGAGUCAGGCACUGUGACUUCCAGUUGACGAAUGAGGAAACUAAGGCUCUGGGUCACAAAAGCUUGUAAGUGGGGAAAGCCAGGUCUCCUUGUCUUUAAUAAUGCCCAUGCCAUUUCCACCAUACUGUGCUGUCCAGGCUUGUACUUGACCAGAAGCUCCCAGUCUAGCAGGCCCCCGGUCCUUCAGUACAUUUAAACGUUCCCUCUGUAGGUUUGGAAUUUGUACAUUUUCUCUUCUUCUG